UCUCUCUUAAUCGUUGUCUCACCAGCAACCACCGUCCGCUAGCUACUUUAGCAUCAAGCUGAAGGAGAAGCUAACCAACUGAGACGCAGAAGCAUCUGUCCGCGCUCUGUUUUGUUUAUGUGUUUCGCUUGAUUUUUUACUGAAGUUACCAGUCGUCCGAGUGACUAAAUCGAAGGCCCGGUGGAAGAUGCAGUUCAUGCUGUUGUUUAGCCGGCAGGGAAAGCUGCGGUUACAGAAAUGGUAUGUACCUCUGUCUGACAAGGAGAGGAAGAAGAUCUCCAGAGACCUGGUCCAGACCAUACUGGCCAGGAAACCCAAGAUGUGCAGCUUCUUGGAGUGGAGGGACCUCAAGAUUGUGUAUAAGAGAUAUGCAAGCUUGUAUUUCUGCUGUGCCGUAGAGGAUCAGGAUAAUGAGCUGAUCACCCUGGAGAUCAUCCAUAGAUAUGUGGAGCUGCUGGACAAAUAUUUUGGCAGUGUGUGUGAGCUGGAUAUUAUCUUCAACUUUGAGAAGGCCUACUUUAUCCUGGAUGAGUUCCUGCUGGGAGGAGAGGCCCAGGAGACGUCCAAGAAGAACGUGCUGAAGGCCAUUGAGCAGGCUGACCUGCUGCAGGAGGAGGCCGAGGCACCGCGGAGCGUUUUAGAAGAAAUUGGGCUGACAUAAACCAUUUCUCUUUCAUCCAGACAUAGAUCUGGCAACCUCUGUGUCUCUGUCAUGUUGUCUUCUGUUCACCGUGUCAGUGUUGUAUGUAUAUAAUCAUGAUGUAUGUACUCUAUUACUCUGUACUGUACUAUCCUGUAAUGUCCUUUCAAUGUGGUGCCGACUGUGGUUUUAGUGUGUCUUCUUAUGUACAAGCUCCCUCAUUGUAUUCUUCAGUAUUAUCAGUACUUCACUCCCCUAACUUCUUAUAACUCCACAGAGAACAAUGUAGCGAUGACAUGAAAACUCCAGCAUCACAUUAAGGUCAUCCAUCACUGAUGGCAGAGUUGUAUGUGCUGUUAGACUUCAAGGACUCUUUGAGGUGCUGUUUUAGCUGCAGUUGGUGCUUCUUGUUUAUUACCAUCCAUCACAGACCUAAGCAUGUGAUUUCAUUAAAGGAAGACUCAGCAAUCUAUUUUAAAAAACCCAGAGGGUUGUUGAAUAAAACCUGCAGCUGUUGUGGCUCCUCAAUGUUUUCAUCCAGAUGAAUAGAAGAGUCUACGAGGACUAGAACAUCCUCCUAAACAGCAGUCGGUAUUGCUAAAUGACUUUCUGGGUUUUAUUUUGUGUUGUUGUUUUUUUUUUAAAUCUAAUGUUCAGCUCUGUGACUCAAAUGUAAUAGUCAUGCAUUGGAGGCACCAGCUGGGCCUAGUUAUUAAGGGAAUCACUGACACUGUUACAAUCACUUCUACAUGGGUAAAUUCAACCCACCAAUUAAGUGAAAUUAAACUAUUACCCAUAAUCAGUAUAAACAUUAAGUCAUUUUGUACAGUUUGUCUCUCAAGAAAUUAACCAUUUCAUAUUUCCUUCUCUAAGACUAAUUGUUUACCUAUACUAAACAGCUGUUUCUGUGUAAUUAGCGUCAUGUUUGUUAAAACUGUUUUCUUGUCCUGUUUUUUUCUUACAAUUGACUUAUUUUCCAGACAAAUGCAUUUGUUAAACAUUGAGCUUUGUCAAUUAUAAAUCUUAGGUCAGUUUUUCUCAUAGUCUUAUAGGUCAGGAUGGAAUAGUGACCCAAAUAAAGGAAACACUAUUUUAUGUA